AUGAAUCUGGAUUUAUUUCAGACAUUGUUCUAAGAAUGGUGCAGCCAAUAAUUAUACAGAUGAAAAUAAUUUCCUACCCAAUUCUUGCAGUCUUUGGCAUACCUGCAAAUCUGGUGGCGAUAAUGAUUCUCUCCAGGGGAAACUGCGGCCUUUCUGAUUGUACCUGUGCAUACAUGCUGGCGAUGGCAGCAGCAGCUAUUCUGAUCAUAUUCUUCAAUGUAACCAUCCAUCACAUUUUCAGUUUUCACUUUAUACAUUCCUUCUUCUCCUACACUGGAGUUUGUAAGUUCAUUAUCUUCAUGAACUCAGUCAGCCUGUAUCUGGCUGUGUGGUUCACAGUCCUGUUCACACUUGAUCGAUAUAUCGCUAUAUGUUGUGAAAGACUGAAAACAAAGUAUUGCAGAGGUAGGAAAGCAACUGCAGUUAUCAUGAGCAGCACUGCUCUGGUUUUAGUUGCUAAUGUACCCUAUUGGUUUGCUUAUGAACCUGAGAAACUAAUUGAUCAUUUACAAUGGGGUUGUCGUGCCAAUGUGAACUUCUUCAUGUCCCUUGCAGGUGUAGUAUUCUCUUGGUUACAAAGUAUUUUUGUAGUUUGUCUUCCAUUUUUGUCGAUUUUCACGUUUAAUUUCUUGACAGUCAGACGCAUUGUAGUAGCAAACAGAUCUCGCAGGGCCAUUCGGGGAUGCAGCAGUGAGCGUCAAAAAGACCGAGAGGUCGAGAGUCGAAGAAAAUCCAUUAUUUUGCUGUUUGCGAUUUCGGCCAGUUUCAUUAUUCUGUGGCUGACAGCAGCGGUGAGCUUUUUAGCCACAAGGAUAACAAACACUGCACAUUAUCAAGCUAAUUAUGCAGCUCCUGCCUACAUUGCCACUGAAACUGGCUACAUGCUCAUGUAUUUCCAUUCAUGUGCAAAUGUGUGCAUUUACGCAGCCACUCAAAGUAAAUUCCGGCAAGAGCUGAGAAAAGCAUUGACAUCUCCUUGGUCAGUACCCCCUUGGCAAAAGAUGAAUUUAAGAAUUUGGGUCAUCACUCCAUCAACCUCCACUCCUGCCUUCCAAAGCAGCCUGGGACACAAUUUUUGUGGACCUAGAGAUUUGUCCACUGUUAAACCGGUGACUACAAUUGGACAUGAUACUCCUGAUGUUGCCGAGCCAGGGUUUUGUACAGUGGCUCAACCAGGGUUUUUAUCGAGUGACUUGGAAGUUUGGAACUCAAAGAACGGGGAACAGGAAAUCUCCUCACAGGCCUGUAAACGCAGAGUGGACAAUUAUUCAUCAGGCAGCGGUACCAACGAGAUAACGUAA